AUGGCUGCUUCCGCCCUUGCUAUACGAGCCCAGCUUGGCCGAGUUGCAAGAUAUUAUGGAAACUCAUCAAAGAGCCUACGGCAAUCUCGUCAGACAUUGUCAAGAAAUUCAGCCCUCAAAGUCUGCGCUAAGUACCCAAAUGUCAACCUGCGGACUUUUCAUAAUAAUUCAGCCGAAAGUCCUCGUCCCCCAACGAACUCUGAAUCCCAUCUUCCACUUGACACAUUCGCAAGGCGGCAUAUCGGGCCAUCGGAGGACAGUAUUCAAGAAAUGUUGAAAGCCUUAGAUCCUCCUGUGGAAAGCCUAGAUGAGUUUGUGAAGCAGGUCUUGCCAGCAGACAUUUUAUCGAGCAAAAAUCUAAAGAUAGAUACUAAACAAUCUGCACAUGGAGAUGCUUUUACGGAAUCUGAAGUGCUGGAGAUACUAAGGAAAAAAAUGGAAAAUGAAGAGUUUAAAUCGGUCAGGACAUUUAUUGGCUGCGGAUAUACAAACACUAUAGUACCUGAGGUAAUUAAAAGAAACGUCCUGGAAGGUCCUGGAUGGUAUACCAGCUAUACACCAUACCAGCCUGAGAUAUCACAAGGUCGAUUAGAAUCUUUGUUAAAUUUUCAGACUCUUGUCUCCGACUUGACUGCGCUCCCGAUUUCAAACGCCUCACUUUUAGAUGAAGCUACCGCUGCCGCGGAGGCUAUGACUCUUUCCAUGAAUGUCUCACCAUCCUCAAAGCAUAAAAAUCCUAACAAAACGUUUUUCGUUAGUCAUCUUGUUCACCCGCAAACAAAAGCCGUCAUACAAAGUCGGGCUGAUGGUUUUGGAAUAAAAAUAGUGUUUGGUGAUGCUCUUGCUAACGACGGAGAAGAAAUAAAAAAUAUUGGUGCUGAUCUUAUCGGGGCCCUUGUGCAAUAUCCUGAUACUGAAGGGGGAGUAGAAGACUUUAAAGGACUUGCUGAGAUAAUUCAUCAACAGGGUGCAAUCUUCAGCGUCGCAACCGACCUUUUGGCACUAACAGUUCUAACCCCACCAGGAGAGUUUGGAGCAGAUAUUGCUUUCGGUAGUUCUCAAAGACUGGGAGUGCCUCUAGGCUUUGGUGGUCCUCAUGCUGCAUUUUUCGCUGUAAACGAUAAGCUUAAACGGAGAAUACCUGGACGAUUAAUCGGUAUUUCUAAAGAUAGAUCAGGAAAGAAGGCUUUGAGACUUGCUCUCCAAACACGAGAGCAACAUAUCCGACGUGAAAAAGCCACCAGCAAUGUUUGUACGGCGCAAGCUUUACUUGCAAAUAUGAGUGCAUUCUAUGCUAUUUACCAUGGUCCUGAUGGCCUUAAAAAUAUCGCGGAGAAGAUAAUCACCAGCGCUCGCUCCCUCGAAGACGGCCUUCGGGUGCUUGGUCUCGAAACUGGAACUCGAGGAAAGGGGAAAGAUGGGAAGGUUCUUUUCGAUACAGUUGUUGUCCAAGUUCCGGGUAGGGCUCGCGAAAUCCAAAAUCUUGCGUUGUCAACCCAAAAAAUUAACCUGAGGCUAUUUGACGAAGACCGAAUCGGUAUAACUGUUGAUGAAUCUGUUAACGCCUCUGAUUUGAAAGAUAUUCUUUCAAUUUUUAGCCUACAUAUGAAAAACCACGGCAAAAGCUCGGCCGACGCUGAUAAGAUGAUUGAGAGCGCAUUCAAAAAGCAGUCUCUUGAUAUUCCAUCAGUGUUAAAAAGAUCAUCAAAGUACCUUACGCAUCCUGUGUUCAACUCCUAUCACUCCGAGACAGAGAUACUCCGGUAUAUCCAUCAUCUACAAUCUAAGGAUCUCUCAUUGACUCAUUCAAUGAUCCCCCUAGGAUCCUGCACCAUGAAACUCAACUCUACCAGCGAAAUGAUUCCCGUCAGUUGGCCAGAAUUUUCAAAUGUUCAUCCGUUUGUACCGGAAAACCAAACAAAAGGCUACAGGAGUAUAAUUAACGAACUUGAAACUGAUUUAUCAGAGUUAACUGGCUUCGAUGCUGUUUCCCUUCAACCCAACUCCGGAGCCCAGGGGGAGUUCACUGGACUUCGAGUUAUUUCAAGGUAUCAACAAGAGAAGUCUGGUAAAAAACGAGAUGUUUGCUUAAUUCCUGUCUCAGCACACGGAACUAACCCCGCUUCGGCCACCAUGGCUGGCAUGCGUGUGGUCACUGUCAAGUGCGACACAAGUACAGGAAACUUAGAUCUAGCUGAUCUCAAAGCGAAAUGUGAAAAAUACAGCGACGAGCUUUCAGCAAUUAUGGUUACGUACCCCAGCACUUUCGGAGUCUUUGAGCCAGAAAUCAAACAAGUUUGUAAACUUGUCCACGAACAUGGUGGACAGGUUUAUAUGGACGGCGCGAAUAUGAAUGCACAAAUUGGGCUAUGUACACCUGGUGAUAUUGGUGCAGAUGUGUGUCACCUAAAUCUACACAAAACAUUUUGUAUCCCUCAUGGUGGUGGCGGUCCAGGAGUUGGCCCCAUUGGGGUGAAGGCUCAUUUGGCUCCAUUUCUCCCUGGUCACCCUAUCAUCAAAACGGGCGGCGAAAAUGCCAUUGCACCCGUAAGCGGUGCUCCUUUUGGAAGUGCCUCUAUCUUACCAAUUAGCUGGACAUACAUUAAAAUGAUGGGUGGACGUGGCCUAACGCAUGCAACUAAGGUUACGCUUCUAAACGCUAAUUAUAUUAUGUCUCGUUUGCGUCCGCAUUAUCCCAUCCUUUACACUAACUCCAACCUUCGCUGUGCUCACGAAUUUAUAUUGGAUGCUCGAGGCUUCAAAGAAACAUGUAAAAUCGAAGCUAUUGAUAUUGCUAAGAGAUUACAGGAUUAUGGAUUCCAUGGUCCGACCAUGUCAUGGCCUGUUGCAAAUACAUUGAUGAUCGAACCUACGGAAUCUGAAAGCAAGGCAGAACUGGAUCGUUUUAUUGAUGCUCUUAUCUCUAUACGAGCUGAGAUCCGGGACAUUGAGGAAGGUAGAGUAUCAAAAGAGAUGAAUGUAAUGAAGAUGUCACCCCAUACUCAAGCAGAUCUAAUCAUAGGCGAAUGGGAUCGCCCAUACAGUCGUGAGCAGGCUGCCUAUCCGUUACCCUGGCUCAAAGAAAAGAAAUUCUGGCCCACUGUAACAAGAAUCGAUGAUGCAUAUGGUGACACCAAUCUUUUUUGUACUUGCCCUCCCGUGGAGCCUACCGACUAA